UGGAUUUCGUAAGCGUCGAUUAAAAUACAAAAUAUAUUUUUUCAAAAUUAUUUAAAUUGUUCACAAUCUAAAGAUCUCGAUCUUAUUGUACGUCUGUGUUAUUAUUUACUGGAAUCGGUCUCUAGGAUGAUUGGAAUGGCAGAAUGACACUGCACAGUUGGAUGACGCUCGUUUGGAACGACGCUCAUCUGUCUUGGAAGCCCAGUGACUUUGAUGGAAUCAAUUUUAUUCACGUACGAAGCGAUAGCAUUUGGAUUCCUGAUAUUUCCGUUUAUAAUUCUGGUGAUAUGAUGUUCGACCAGACCGGUAUACCACCGACGACAUGUUUGGUCUUCAACACAGGAUCGGUUAGCUGUGUACCAUCGGUGAUGCACGUUGCUAAAUGCGCCACAGACUUUGCUUCAUGGCCCUACGACACGCAUCGGUGUCGAAUUAAUUUUGGUUCGUGGUCUCAUUCGGGGGAGGAAGUGAAUUUUAAUCUAGACAAGAAAGCGUUCCAAAUGGAUGGGUUCGCGAAUAAUACCGAGUGGGAUUUCAAAGUAUUAAACGCGUACAAAGUAUUAAGGAAAUAUAAAUGCUGUCCAAACGAUACUUAUCCGAUGAUCGUUUAUGAGUUCGCUAUAAGUCGGCAUUAUGGUGUAAUGCAUACUACGUAUAUCACACCUGCUAUAGCGAUGAUGUUACUUACGUUAACUGUACUUUGGUUGGAUUCGAGAUCAACGGAAAGAAUGGCUGUGGCCGGUGUGAACUUAAUCUGCCAUAUACUUUGUAUGUUCGAUUUGCAUUGGCAGCUACCUCACAAUGGUAUCAAUCCUCCAAAUAUAUUACUGUACUACCGAGAUUCAUUAGCUUUAGCCGUGUUCGCCUUAGUUUUAACCGCUGCACUCCGUAAAAUGCAAGAAAUGAGUAUCGAGAUGCCCUAUUGGAUCUCUACGACCACAUCGUUCAUCUUGAGUAACAGAGCUGGGCGUUUUCUUAUUCUUACCGACGACGAUUCCAAAUUGUCUACCACGGGAAUAUUGGGCGGAGAAGGCGAGGAUAAUUCAGACUUACCAAAAUCUGGAAGAGAACCGAAGGAAUCGUCGUGGAGACAUUUCGCUGCCAUCAUUGAAUGGCUGUCUUUCUUCGUGACCAUUUUCACCUACAUUAUCAUUCUGAUCACUCUUGUACCAUCCACAUGAAAAAUCGUUUCUUGUUCUACGUUUCAUCAAAAGUCAAUUGUAGAUUCUCAUUGUCAAUAAACGAUCAUUUAUGGA